AUGAAAUCCAGGGAGAGGAAGAAGUCGUACAUAAAGGACUUGGAGACGAAGAGCAAGUAUUUGGAGGCAGAGUGCCGCCGCCUCAGCUACGCACUUCAGUGCUAUGCAGCUGAGAACAUGGCACUGCGCCAGAGUUUGUUGAAGGAUAGGCCUGUUGGUGCUCCCACAGCCAUGCAGGAGUCUGCCGUACUCACGGAAACCCUGCCGCUGGUUUCCCUGCUUUGGCUGGUGAGCAUCGUCUGCCUGUUCCUGAUGCCCGUUCUGCCCAACCGAAGUCCAGCUGCUCCAAGCAGCGGCGGAAGAGAUCUCGUGGUGGCAGCCGGAAAGACAAGCAGUGAAACCCCAGAGAUACCUGAACUCAUCCUGCAUGGAAGGCGUUGCAAGGGCACGAGGGCGAAGUUUAAGCUAUAUAAUUUACCAUUUCAUGCAGUAGCUGCUGGCAUCUCCUGUGCUAUCCAGUAA